GCCGGUGCCGUUGUGAUAAGACAACACGUGUAUCCUGCUGAUUCUAUGGCGUUUCCUACGUAACUGUUCAACUGAUUUUACUCAGUGUUCUGUGAGACAUUCUUUCUAUUUAAUUUUCCACCGAAAUCAUCCUAGUUGACACACUUACACUGCAUCAUGCGCGUGUUUCGAAGACCGCAACAGGUGUGGACGAAAAAGGCCGUUCGUUUAGCGUGACUCACAUGCAGUUUUCUCCGUCGAGGAAAAAUCUUUGGAAGACUAACAGUGGACACAUGUUCUCUCUAGUCUGAUAUUGAUCAAAGAGGUGCUGUUCUUCAGUCAGAUUUUGAUGGUACCUACAGCAAAGGAUUUUUGUAAAAUCCCUGUAUAUGAGUUCAUCGACAGUGUGAUUUUGCUACAUUUGUAUACUGUAUUCAUCUGAGAUAAUUUAAUUUAAGACCGUGAUACAAGAAAACUAACUCAAAAUUCAUAUAUGCGAUCUGGUCCUUCUUGAAAAGAUACCUUCCUCUUUUCCUGCGACGUCAAGACAUUUUUGAAGAGGUAAAAUACACACCCCAGCAUAUAGUUUCUCAACCAAAAGACGUCUGUUUCAAACUUCUAUGCUCGCAAGAGUCUGUGACCAUAAUGCUACACUUGCUCCAUGACGUCCCGGAGGAUUUAGUUUCCUCAUGCUUGUCGAAAGUCGUCUCAUCGUCGGCUUAUCACGAAGCAACUUUUCAAAAUGACGUCAAACGUGUCCAAAUGCUCAUUCGUUCAGGCGUCGAUAUUAACCAGAGGGAGUCAACGUUUCAUUUUACCCCUAUUUUUUUAGCUAUCUUUAAUGAAAAUUCACGGAUUGUUAAAAUGAUGGUCCAAGCAGGAGCGGACCUAAAUGUGAAGGCUAAAUUUAACAUGACACCAUUGUGUUGUGCUGUUGAGACAGGCAAUAUCAAUAUGGUAACACGUCUUCUGGAUUUAGGAGCGAACAUUGAAGCAAAAGAUGAGAAAAAUAACUCUCUUUUGCACACAGCUGCUUUUUGUGGCUUACCUGAAAUGAUCAAAUUUCUUAUCGAAAGAGGCCUCAGUGUCAAUUGUAGAAACGAUAAUGACGAGACACCAUUACACAAAGCAGUCAGAAAUGAGCAAAAAGAAGCUGUAAAAAUGCUUCUUACCUAUAGAGCUGAUGUCAAUGUUGUCGCAAGUUAUAUUCCAGACGAAAUUCCAAAAGACUCACUAAACCAAGAAUCGGAAGAAGAAUUUCUAGCCAAAUUCAAAGAAAUUCGACAAGAUAAAUAUUGUACCACUUUGAUAAUUGCAAUAAUCAAAAAACGGAUUGAUCUUGUUGAAAUCCUCAUUCAGGCAGGUGCAGAUGUUAAUACUAAAACCAAUCUACUACAUUUGAGUCCCUUGCAUUUUGCAAUCGGUGUGAGAUCCCUCCAGUUAAUCAAGUUGUUGCUCAAGGCAGGUAGCGAUGUAAAUGCAAAAUCAGCAUUUGAUACCUCUCCCCUACUCCUAGCUGUGAUUUCAAAUGAGGGGAAGAUUGUAGAAACUCUUCUGGAAGUAGCGGAAAUUGAAGUCAAUUGUCUUAAUGAUAAAGGAUCGACGCCGCUAACAACGGCUGCAAGCAAUGGGCUUCUGUCUAUUGUUAAGAUGCUUGUCAUGAGAGGUGCACUGAUUAAUGGGACCCCAUCUGAGGCCUUUUUGCCUCUUCAUAAAGCUUUAUUCUUUGGGAAAGAACACAUUGUCAACUGGCUAAUCAAUAACGGUGCUAGCGUUCGGGCUCGGGAUUCCAGAGGCCUCACAGCGAUAAUGGCAGCAGUUAUGAGCAAAGAUACUACACUAAAAAUGAUAGAAACUCUCAUGAAGAAAGGAGGAAAUAUCAACUCCAAAUGUAAAGGUGGCUGUACCGCACUUCAUUAUGCUGCAGCCUCUGGCAACUUGAGAAUGGUGAGGUUUCUCAUCGAUCAAGGUGCUAACCCCAACGAAAAAGAUAAAGAAGGACAUACAGUCCUGCACUUUGCAAUAAGAAGUGAAUGUAUCAAAACCGCAGAAUACCUCAUUGAUGAAACAGGCGUUGAUCUAAAUGGUGGUCCACUGUCACCUUUAUUAUGGGCUGUCGGAUUGGAAAAUCAGGACAUGGUCAAGCUACUCCUGAAAAAAGGUGCGAAUGUUAAUGUUAGCACCUGUUAUGGUACAACACCAUUGCAUCUUGCUGUAAGAGAAGGCUGUCAGCCCAUCACUGAAUUGCUCUUAAAGUACAAGCCAAACCUCGAAUUCAGAACAAGCCAAGGUUCCACUGCCCUAUUUUUGGCUGUUAAAAAUCAGCAUGAGAAAAUAGUUGAAGCACUGCUCGAUAAAGGUGCUGAUCCAAACGAUAUUGACGAUUCUGGUAAUUAUCCAAUACAUGUUGCCAUCAAUUCUGGUAAGGUCAACGUAGUCAAAGCAUUGCUCAACAAAGGGGCUUAUUUUGAUGCAAUAGAUGAUUCCAUCAACUCUCCUUUAGACUUGGCUCGCAAAACCGGAAAUGUCAAAUUAAUUACUCUUUUGGAGCUGAUAAAAAAACUUUUUCUCGCCAUAGCGAAAAAGGAGUUUUACCAAAUUGAAUGCUGCAUUCAGGCAGGCGCAAUCGUUAAUGCCAGGAAUUCAAAUGCCCAAGGAAAAACUGCGUUGCACUUUGCUGUCCUCUACAAAAAUGUCAAGGCAAUCAAUUUGCUUUUGGCUCACAAAGCUGACAUCUCGCUGCCAACGGACCUAGAAAAAGUAUCCCUCCACUAUGCCGUUUCAGGUUGUGAUCUAGUAAUCGUGGAAACUCUUCUAGCUCAUGCCACGGAACUUAGCUUUACGAAGCGCCAUUUUUUUAUUAAUGCUUCAUCGAUAGAUUAUUCAAAUACUCCUCUCCACAAUGCAGCACGAAAAAACAACUUCAAGGCCGUCAAACUUCUCAUCGAACAUGGAGCUGUGUACAAUAUGAAGAACGAUGAUGGGGAAACUCCUUUUCAUCUCACAACUGAUAAAACAAUUAAGGAUUUUCUGUGUUUGAUCCAAAAAUUGUUUGAAGUUGUGAAAAUUCCUGAUGGAUCUAAGGAAGUUCUAAAAAUUGUUGGCAGUCAAAAGUCAGUGAUCAAUGCGCGGGACUCGGAUGAAGGUAGAACACCGUUAGUAUGGGCUAUUUUGAAGAAUCUCACCACAGUUGCGGAAAAUCUUCUUAAGUGUAGGGCAGACUAUUUUCUAGUCACGGACCAAGGAGCGACACCAUUGCAUAUUUCUGCUUCAAAAGGGAAUUUGAAAAUGAUCAAAACGUUGUUGAAUCGAGUGAAAAGCGAGAACCUUGAAAAAAUGAGUGACUUCGUUAACGCCCCUACAGAAAAUGGUUCUACUGCUCUUCAUAUAGCGACUAGUUUAGACAUUGUAAGAUGCUUAUUGCAAGAAGGAGCAAUCUAUAACAUGACCAAUGGCAGUGGAAAAACACUGUACGAGCUCACUAAAAACAGUGAUAUCAGAAAGUUCUUGCAAACUGUUGAUAACUUCUUCAAAUCAGUCAAAGAGGACACCUCGACCAUGAUGAAUUCUUUGGUUGAUCUGGAUGAAGAAAAUUUUAAAGCUAUCACUAGCGCACGCCAUGAAAAUGGGCAGACUUUGCUUCAGGCAGCUCUCGCCCAUAAUAAGAUGAAAGUUGUUAGCAAGAUACUUGAGAAAUUGAGAACUUUGAGUUAAAGCUGUCGCUCUCCCUCCUCUGGUCCCAGUGACAGUUGGACUGCAUUUUGCAAUUUGAAACUAUAAAUUCUGGCUCUUCAAGAAAAACACUUAUGUGCAUAGGGAAACUAAUGGCACAUACGUUGUUUUUAAACCGGGCUAGAAUUUAUAGUUCCAAAUUGCAAAAUGUAGUUUAGUUUUGGUUUAUUUUAUGCACCAUUUUUCUUAUCUUUCUAAGGAUUGUGUUUAUCUUUAACUAAGAUGAUAGGUGAUACUUCAACUUGUCCAUUUAUAGAAACAAUAUUUUUGCCUGACCCUACUGAUGAAACAAUCAAAACCAAUAAUAAAUUAAAUGACUUAUUACAAAUACAUAAAAUAUUAUAAUAAAUGAAAUUAUUAAAUAUAUUAAUAAAAUAAAUUAAAUUCCUUAAAAAUAAUAUAAUCACUCACAUGUGCUAGGAAACUUUGGUUUUUGAUGUGCUUCAGCUGCUCACUGCCUGGCCAUCUUCAGAUGCCAUCAAGAGUCGCUGACAAUGGCCGAGCGGUGAACGGUCAAAACACAUUCAAAUCCGGAACUCAUAAAUGAUCAUCAUUGAUUAUUUUUUGAGAAAUUUUUAGCGCAUUGACAAAUCUAUGUGUCCUCACGCCUAUGUUAUCCUCCUCAUCAUGUUUAUUUUAAUUCAAAACUAGUACGUCUGUGUUUAAUGACCCUUGUUAAAUUCUUACAGAAACUGAAAAACAUUUGAGGUAUCACCAUACUUACCAUAUCAAUCACUAUUUUUAGUAAUGUAUUCCUACUAAUUAUUGAGUGCCUUUUGUAUUUUAGUCUUAUUUCAUUCCAAAAAAAGUGUUUUGAUGUUACCUUUUCGUGCGGUUUAUUUGACUAAAUCAAACUGAUGAAUUUCACAGUGAACAAGGCACCUUGCCGAAAAGUUCAAAUUCAUGCAAAAGCAAGUGUUGUACAACGAUUUUGCUUUUUGUCAACAUUCAGAGAUUCUAAGGGACCUUCAAACUCCUAACAACCCCCCCCCCCACCUGUUUUAUCUGGAAAAUCCGAAUUUCUGGACAAUUUUGUGAUUUACCUACUCAGGUUUCUCAACAUGCCAAUUGUAUUUUUCAACGCAGAGUUUGAAAAUGACAGUAGUUUCAUCUUAUCACACUAGAAAUUUUUUUUCUAAUUCAAUAUUUUCUCCCUCAAAAAUUAUUCUUAUCCAGGAAAAAUUCAAUUUUCCAAAGCACUGGUACACGGUGGGUAUAAACCAGGAUUUUUCUUGAAUUCAGUACCCGAAAAUGUAGAGGUACAUAUUUAUGGAAUGCCCAAGAAUUUCGCCCUCUCUUCCUAAUAGCAAAGCUUCGGCGUCCAAGUGACCAAAUCUGUUAUUUUACCCACACUUCUAACCUUAUCCAUUUGUUUAUUGUCUAAAAAGGAAGGAAAAGAACAGUAAAAUGUUGUACAUCCCGUCCUCUCAAGGUUUAACUGAUGUACUUUUUGCUGCUGAAUCUGAAAGUGAUCUCACUUUCUUUCCAUCGCUCAGUUACUUGUAAAGUUUUUUACUGAAUCACAUUUUUCAAAAAACCAGAGUUUUUCUGGGAAAAACCUGACGAUAGUUUGAAGGCUUUCUGUAAAGCAAAUGUUAACUAAAUGCAAAAUCGUUUGACAACAUUUGUUCGCACUUAUAUUGGAGGGUUUUGGCAGGGUGCUUUGUGAAUUUAUAUUGAAAUUUAUCAGAGUAAUUAAUUGAAAAAAGUCGUCACGCAUUGACUCCUCGACAUACAUUGUAUAUAGAGCAUGAGGUUUGUCUAGGUAAAAUUUACUCAGGUACUUAAUCGACAGUGACACUGCAGGAAGGUAUAUCUCGUUUGCUAUGUUUUAUAAACUCAGCCCUCAUUUGAUUUUAUGUCAGGAAAACAAAGCAACGCUUUAGCUUGAAAUUUUCACAGAAAGUUCUUCUUUUAGAGAAAGGAAAACAGGGAAGUUUUCAAGAAAUGACGUCAAGUACUUUUCCAUUUUAAAAAAAGUACAAUAGCUAGUCUGCAGCAUUGCGAAUCAAUGUCCAUUUUUCUGCAGUUUCACUGUCGAUGUGCUGAUUUCGUUCUAUUCAAACUAAGAAUUCCAAUUUUUGGUUCCUUAUUUUUUAUUUUGCCAUUUCUUUCAUUUAUCUGCCUACCUACCUACUUACCUACUUAUUUUACUCUCUUGUAUAUUUUUAUUUUUUUUAUCCUCCUUCCGAUAAGUUUCUCUCGGAAUUCGGAAGAAUAGGAGAUGUUUUUCUUUGUGCUUCAAUUUGUGGAGCAUCUUCAAGAUUAAUUUUUUAAUUUUCAUGUAUUUGAUUACUUCCAGCAAGAAAAACUUCCUCGUUUUGUCACUUCUCUCAUUAAAGUUUUGUCCUUUCAAUUUUUUCAAAA